AUGGGAAACACGAAAAUUCUUGCAGAAGCCAAGAAUUUAUGGAUGAAACUCAAUCUCCGAGGGGCAAUCCUUACGAGCCUAUCUCUGCAAGUCUUUCUCAUCUUUUUUGCACCCAUGCGAAAGAGGUGGUCAAACAGGUGGUUCACGAUUCUCAUGUGGUCGGCUUACUUGGUUGCCGACUCGGUCGCUGUAUAUGCCUUUGGACUCAUUGCCAAAGUCCAAAUCGUUGGUGGUGGUACUUCAGAUUCCGAGGUCGAUGCAUAUGGCGACCUUCUGGCAUUUUGGGCUCCAUUUCUGCUGCUACACCUCGGAGGACCCGACACCAUAACCGCUUUUGCGCUCGAGGAUAAUGAGCUGUGGCGGAGGCACUUGCUUAAUCUCUUAUUCCAGCUAGGCACUGCAUGCUAUGUGUUUUACCAAUACCUCCCCAGCAACAAGCUAACUGUCCCGACCGUCCUUGUGUUUAUUGGAGGAACCAUAAAAUAUAUAGAGCGAACACGUGCUCUGUAUCUUGCCAGCUUCAGUAAAUUCCGUGGUUCCCUGCUUCCGUCUGUUGGUUUUGACCGGGAUAGCCAUGCUCCGAUAGAGAUGAUGCAGGAGCCCAAUAUCGAAUCCCGAGAUGCUGGAGAGCAAAAUAAAACCGAUUUGGACGACAGAGAAGUGAUAAUAACCGCAUUUUUUCACUUCACAACCUUCAAAGGCAUCCUUGUGGAACUCCCCCUCCACUUGAGUCAAAUGAACGAAAGCUUCGAAUUUUUCGGGAGGAUGAUAACUGCAAAGGAUGCUUUUCGGGUCAUUGAGGCUGAGCUCAACUUCUUUUAUGAUGUUCUUUAUACCAAGGCUGCCGUGGUUCAAAGUCCAACAGGGUACCUUUUCCGAGCUAUCUCAAUUGGUUCCGUCGUUACUGCUUUUGCACUUUUCUAUGUCCUGAACAAGCAUGGUUUUCACGAAUAUGAUGUACGGAUUACAUACACCUUGCUCCUUGGAGCUGUUGGCCUGGAAUUUGUAGCUCUUGGUAGGCUCAUUUGCUCUGACUGGACAAUUGCACUUUUAGGGAGAUUCAAAAAACAUCGUAUAGGAAGCACCUUCGAGAAGUUCCUCCUCAAAUUCAAAUCCGAAAGGUCACCAUUUGCAUUGCAUAUACUACAUGCUAGGUGGUCUAGAUCAAUCUUCCAGUACAAUUUGAUAGAUUCUUCGCUGAGAAGGUCGCCGAGAAGGCCACCAACACGGAUUGAGAAACUCCUUGGUCUCAUCCCUCUGGGCGCAUUGUUUGAUGACUUGAAGCCUGGACGAGUAGAACCAUACAGUGACAAAUUACGUGAACUGAUUUUUGAUGAGCUGAAACGGAAGCAAUUGGUUGCAAGAAAUUUCGAAAGCAAAAUGGAGAUAUGUGCUGCUCGAGGUGAAUGGGCUCUGGAGCAUUCUGAAACAGAGCAAGAUUGCACAAACUUGCUUCCAUUCGUCUGUGAUGUCGAUUAUGAUGAAAGCCUUUUACUGUGGCACGUUGCCACUGAGCUCUGUUACAAUACUGACCCUGAUGAAACUAGGAACGAUCGUGUAAACAGUAAGGUCUUGUCGGAUUAUAUGCUUCAUCUUAUGAUCAAACGACCAGAUAUGAUGUCUGCAGUGGGUGGGUAUGGCGAAAUAAGGUUCCGGUACACUUGUGAUGAGAUGGACGAGUUCAUCAGCAAAAAUCCCUCUGAUGGGAGCAAAACAAAGAUAUCGAAGGAAAGAGCAUGCCAAAGUCUCCUCUCUGGUUUUUCAAAAGUGGAGCCACGUCUACAGGAAGGAAAGAUAAUCAGAUCUGUGCUUGCUAAAGCGUGUGCUCUCGCUAGGGUAUUGCAGAAUAUUGAGAAGGAAAAGAGGUGGAAGAUCACGAGUGAAGUGUGGGUGGAAUUGCUGGGGUACGCUGCGAUCCAUUGCCGACCUUACAAUUAUGCUCAACAACUGAGUAAAGGAGGAGAACUUGUCACCUUGGUUUGGCUAUUGAUGGCACAGCUUGGCUUCUAUCGACAUUUGCGAGUAGCCGUGUCUCCAGAGACGGACCGAUUGCUCGAAAAUACUUGA